GGUGAUUGCCAACGAAUGAACGACUGCGCUAUCGUUCUGCCAAAUGAAGAGGACAAGUGGCUAAGUUUCACCAACUACAACAGGAAGGAGAGAAUACCGUUCAUCGUCUACGCCGAUCUGGAAUGUAUCCUGCAGAAGACGGAGGAGGACGACUCGAAGCUGUACCAGCGUCAUCAGGUAUCCAGCAUCGGGUAUUACGUGCGAUGCAAUUACGACGAGUCAUUAUCCGGAUACCGAUCACGUCGCGAUAGUAAUUGUAUAGCAUGGUUCGUCGAACAACUAAAAGAUUUAGUGCAUCGCGUGAAAGUGAUUUUGUCGAGAAAUGUCCCCAUGAAAAAUCUAACGCGAGAGGAGUGUGAAAAGUAUAAUAACGCAACGCAUUGCCAUAUCUGUGAGAAACCAUUCGCGCCGGACGACACGCGGGUACGCGAUCAUUGCCAUCUCACCGGUCAGUACAGAGGUCCCGCGCAUUCUAAUUGCAAUUUAAAUUAUAAAGAUUCUUAUACCAUUCCGAUAGUGUUUCAUAAUUUAUCCGGCUACGACGCGCAUUUUAUCAUUAAAGAAAUAGCUACCGCGUUCGAGGGCGCUAUCGAUGUAUUACCAAUAAACAAAGAAAAAUAUAUAUCAUUCACGAAACACGUUAACGAGUCAGAUGACAAAAAAUGGCGUAACCACGUGCAAUUGCAGUUCAUCGAUUUGUUAAGAUUUCUGAAUAGUAGCCUGGAUAAAUUGUCAUCAUUUUUGAAUAAAGAUAAACUCAAAAUUGUACGAUCAGAAUUUGCGCACCUCUCUACCGAUGACUUUGAUUUACUUACACGAAAGGGUGUGUUCCCUUAUGAAUAUGUGGAUUGCGCCGAAAAGUUGGAGGAUACUCGCCUACCGCCGCGCGAAUCGUUUUACAGUUCGCUAACCGGUGAUACGGUAUCCGAGAGCGAUUACGCGCACGCUGUUAGCGUGUGGCAACGAUUCGCCAUUCGAACGCUCGGCGAGUACAGGGAUUUAUACCUAAAAACGGAUGUCUUGUUGUUGACAAACCUAUUCGAAAAUUUCCGCGAUAGUUGCAUCAACAGUUACGGUCUUGAUCCCGCGUAUUAUUACACUUUGCCCGGUUUUACAUGGGACGCGAUGCUCAAACAUACGCGUAUAAAUUUUGAACUCCUUACCGAUAUCGAUAUGGUCAUGUUCGUAGAACGCGGUAUACGCGGUGGUCUGAGCCAAUGUUCGCACAGGUACGCGCAAGUUAACAAUAAGUACAUGCAGUCGUACGACCCAUCGAAUCCUUCGUCAUAUCUCAUGUAUUUUGAUGUUAAUAAUUUAUACGGAUGGGCGAUGUGUCAACCACUGCCCUAUGCGAACUUUCGUUGGGUCGACAACAUUUCCAAUUUCAACGUGAACGCUGUCACUCCCGAUUCACCAAAAGGAUACAUACUCGAAGUCGAUCUCGAGUAUCCGCGGCAUCUCCAUGACGCGCACGCCGACCUACCGUUCUGUCCGAUGCGUGAUAAGCCGCCGGGUAGUCGGCGGGAUAAGUUGCUCGCAACGUUACACGAUAAGAAGCGGUACGUCAUUCAUUACCGCAAUCUGCAACAGUGUACGCGUCACGGUCUUCGCGUCACAAAAAUUCAUCGCGUAUUAGUGUUACGUCCAGAAGACUCCAAGGUUGGUCCCUUCAACGUAUCGAAGAACGAUUCCUACCGAAGAUCAACUCCAUUAGAAAAGCAGUACCACCAAAAGUAA